ACGUUUAAAAGUAGUUUUCAAAGAAAACGUGUAAUUAAUCACCAAGUUGCAUAUUGUUUAUAAAUUCGCCAACGAUAACAAUUAUUUUAACGUUCGUUUUAACGCUGACGUCACACGUAUCGUUAUAAACCCGUUUUAGUUUAAUUUAUCUUACCGUUACGUUCGUUUUAAUUGGUGUAUUUCAAGGAUCAUAAAUGGAUGAGUGAAGAAGCUAAUUUACGCGCGGAAUUGGACGCUCUCAGCCACGAAGAAUUACUCGAGGUGACUCAAAGCUCCCUCAGGAGGUUAUUGGCUUCCGACUCUUUAUUAAGCGAUUUACCCACGGAUGUAACCACCGAGGAGGUUUUGGCGCAAAUUGCUGUCGCUCAGGGACAAAGUAUUACCGUUACUUUGUUAAGGAAUACAGAGAGCCCCCUUCCUAUAGUGAUCCCUCAAAACUCAACCACAGUUCGAGACCUAAAAAAAACGAUCCAACGCACAUUUUGGUUAAGGCAACAACGUUUACGGAGUAAAACGAAGAUUUCUUGGUCCUAUAUUUGGAAAACUUACGAUUUAAAAUGUUCCGGUAACGUUUUAUCGGACGAUCGAGAGUAUGUUUCCGUUUACGGAAUUCGAAAUAAAUCCGAAAUCGAGUUUGUUAAAAAAUUGCGAGAAAACGAGGUGUUAAAGAUGUUGGAUAAAAUCGUUUUAUUUAUUAAUUUACUUUUAAUCCAACAUACAACAAGUUUUUUAUGGUUAGAUCAAGUUUUGCGCCAAGAAGAGCUUUCCAAAGGUUGUAAAUCAUUAAAAAACACCACAAAUUUCGAUUUAAAUUCAUUAGAUCAUUUAUUAGUGGACCACAAACAUAAAUUUUUGUAUUGUUACGUCCCAAAAGUCGCUUGCACGAAUUGGAAACGCGUUUUUAUGGUUUUAACCGAAAAAACGAACGUCACCGAUUUAAUGAGCAUCCCAGCUGAUUUAGCCCACAACGAAAAAAGCUUAUUAAAGCUUUCAAGUCUCCCCAAAAAAGAUUCUUUGCAAAUUUUAAAUGAUUAUACCACCUUUUUGAUGGUUAGACACCCUUUUGAGAGGUUAUUAUCGGCGUAUCGGAAUAAAUUAGUUGGGGAUUCUUUAAGCGCGAGGUAUUUCCAGGUUAGAAUUGGGAAAUAUAUAAUUAAAAGUUACCGGAAAAACCCAUCACAACGCGAUUUAGACGCGGGAGAUAACGUAACCUUCAAAGAAUUCGUUCGUUACCUAUUAAAAGAAGGUUCCGGGGCCGAUAUGAACGAACAUUGGAAGUCGGUUAAUCAACUUUGUUUCCCAUGUAACGUUAAUUACACGUUUAUCGGGAAAUACGAGCGAUUUGAAGACGAUUCCAAAGUUGUCCUAUCAAUGAUUGGAGCCCCCAAUGUUCUUCAAUUCCCUCAAACGCGAUCAAGUCACACCGGGGAUCAUCUUCGCACGUAUUUCGCAACGUUGUCUUUGGAGGAAAUACGCGAUUUGUAUCGGAUGUACGAGGCCGAUUUUAAAAUGUUUGGGUAUAAUUUAGAGAGCGUUUUAGGGUAUGAAAUUGGAUAAAAUAAUUAAGUAAGUAAUUUUAAUUUAUUGUUGUUUUUAUAAUACAAAUUUCUAAGGUUA